UGUGUGUGUGUGUGUGUGUGUGUGUGUGUGCCAUGACACCUGAAUAACAUCAGAAGAAGAAAAAGGAGAAGAAGCUCCUUCAACAUUUGUGUGUAAGUGUGUGUGUAAGUGUGUGUGUGUGUGUGUGUGUGAGAUCUGUGGGAUCAUGUCUCUAAGCUGUCGCUUGCUGUGUGGAUCCUUGGGGAUCUGCUCAGGGUGGAUCUGCCUCCUGCUGGCCACGUGCACUAAUGACUGGGUGAUCACCUGCAGCUUCGGCAUUCACACCUGUCUGAAGAUGGACGAGCUCGAGUCCAAAGGCUUAUGGGCCGAGUGUGUGAUUUCUACAGCGCUGUAUCACUGUUCAACUCUCAACCAGAUCCUCACUUUACCUGCUUACAUCCAGACGUCUCGGGCGCUCAUGGUGUCUGCGUCACUCCUCGGCCUCCCGUCGGUGCUGCUGGCGCUCUUGGCGACGCCCUGCGUCAGACUGGGUGAUGAGAGCGACGGAACCAAACGGAAACAAGCUCUGUUCGGGGGAAUCCUCGCUCUGAUCGUGUCGGUGUGCGGUUUGGUGUCGACGGUGUGGUUCCCGAUCGGAGCUCAUUAUGAAGACGGCCUGAUGUCGUUCGGGUUCUCUCUGUAUGUCGGAUGGUUGGGUUCUGCCCUCUGUUUCCUCGGGGGUUUGGUUCUGACCUUCUGCACAGGAAGCGACGAUGCUCCGGCUCAACGUCCUGAAAAGCGCUUCUACUACUCUAAACAUCACGGACUCACCGACUCGAUCGAGACCUCAAACAAUCACGCCAAGAGCGCUCACGUCUGAGAGCAGAGACGUGACCUGACUUCAAACAGAGAUGAAAACUUUAUCAGUCUCUCUCUCUGUCUCUGUCUCUCUCUCUCUCUCUCACACACACACACACACAUAUGCACAAUCAUGGGGGAUUUUCCACAGUGAGAUACAAGCAAAGCACAACAUCUACUCAAAACAAUUUUUAUUCCUGUCUGGAUAAAAGGUUUUGUCUCGGCACAGACCCUGAAAACAAGGCCAAGCUAAAAAAAAAAAAAACCUGCCUGUAAUCGUUUCUCUUUGUUCUUUUACUUUUAAGUCGUUUGCAGGAGUGCUAAAUUUUUUCCUUUAUUUCUAAUUCAUCUCAGACUGUGUUCAAUCAUCUGCUCUGGUUAGAAAGCAUGCAGUUGCUUUAAAAGAAAAAGAUAAAGUUCGGUCCAUCUGACACGCAGAUGGCAGACAGGCAGGAAGCCAGAGGUGCAGGAAGGCCAGGUGUCUUCUCUGUGUUUUUUCCUGUAAAGCUCUUCACUCUUUCCUGCUCAGGAUCCCUCAGGAAAGCUGCAGACUCAAAGCGAGGACACCUUCAAUAGCGACAGAUCGGACCGUUUGUUCGUCUUUUUCUCACGUGGCUCGUUAACAAUAUUUGCGUUGUGUUUAAUUACUCCUUUCUUUUGUGUUGUUGCUCUCACAGGACUUUGAACACGUCACACAAUUCACAGAGAAGUUUAAAACCGAACAGCAGUGUUGUGAAUGAACUGAUCAGUGACUCAUGUAGUGAAACUUCAGCUUCUUUUCUUUUAUUAUCCAUAUUCUAAUUUUUUAUGAUACUUUUUUACACACAUUCUGUAAAAUAUGACACAGGGAGACGUUCUAUAAACAGAAUCUUACCAAUUCAUUUCAAUAUAUUUUUAUUUGAUAUAUUUCACAGGAGGCGGCACUUAAACAGUAAAAUCUGAGCUGAAAUCUAAAAAGUUUUGUCCACAUUUGAAGAGCAGAAAGACAAAAAACCUACAAGUGUUCAGAGAACUCACUGAAUGUCUCACAGGACUCACAGGACAUUCUGAAGAGGCAUUUUAAUGUGUUCAGUAAAUUCAGUAAUAAUAUUUCUAUACGAUGAGCUUUUCAAAUAAAACACCAAUG